UGCACCCAGGGGCGGACUGACCAUUUGGAAACACGGGCACGGCCCAAGGGCCUGGGGUCAGUAGGAGGCCCCAUGAGAUGCCCCUGGUACCUUUUUCAUAGGCUUUUUUGAGUUUGGGCAAGGACAAAGGGGCCCCAUGAUCCCCUAUUGCCUGGGGGCCCCAUGAGUUGUCAGUCCGCCCCUGGUCCGCCCCUGAUCAGGGGUGUCCUUUGAGUCCUCUGCGUUCACAACCAAUCCCUUCAUU